AUGUCCAUAAAGAAUUUCGAGUCUACCCACACCUGCGGUCAACAUGGAGCAAAUGCUGGCAACUCAAGGGCAUCAAGGAAGUUCAUUGCUAGCCAAAUACAAGCUGUUUUGAAGGUUAGGCCAGAUCUUCGUGCGGUCGAUAUCAAGAACGACAUGCUCUCUAAUUUUGGCAUCAAGAUUAACUACAGUAAAGCGUGGUGGAGCAAGGAGACAGCUCAACAGGACCUGUUCGGUGACGAUGAUGAGGCUUACGAUUCACUGAGAUGGUAUGAAUCCAUGGUGCAUGCAACUAAUCCAGGGAGUCGUGUUGUUAUUGAUGCUGAUGACGGGAGGUUCAGGCGACUGUUCAUUAGUUAUAAUGCCUGUAUUGAAGGGUUCAUUGCUGGGUGUAGGCCUCUAUUGUUUUUGGAUGGAACAUUUAUUAAAGAUCGUUACAGAGGCAUACUACUUAGCGCUACUGGGUAUGACGGCAACCAGGGAAUAUUUCCCCUAGCUUAUUGCGUAUGCGACCAAGAGAAUGAGGUUAACUGGAAAUGGUUCUUACAAGGAUUAUGGACGUUACUGUAUGAUAGGGAAAAUCCUUACCAACCUCCACAUCGACUGGUAAUGAUUUCAGACGCCGACAAGGGUAUCAGGGCAGCAGUCGAGGAAUUCUUUCCAGAUGCAUUCCAUUCAAGGUGUGUUCUGCAUCUAGUCGAGAAUUUCAAAAAAAAGAUGAAGGAUUUUGGGCACAAGGCAAAUAUCGCGACUACGUUGGGCGAGCUGUUACAAUCUGCGGCUUAUAAGUUCACAAUAUCUGAAUGGGAUAAUGACAUGAAAGAAUUGGCAGCGAUCGAUCACAGGGCUUAUGUCACUGUAAUGGAAUACUCCCCGGAGAGAUGGGCAAACGCGCAUUUUCCUGGUAUAAGGUAUGGCCAUGUUACUUCAAACGUUGCUGAGUCCUUCAACAGCUGGAUAAGAAAGGCACGAUUGUUGCGAAUCUUACCUUUGGUUGAGACCAUACGGAAGCAAAUAAUGGAGCGCAUGCAUGAAAGGAGGCUAUUGGGUCAGAAAUGGUCUGGAUACCUAUGCCCGGAAGCGGAGUUGGUGCUGAGUGAUAACAUUCAGCAUGGUAGCUGCUUGGCGAUUAAACAUUCGACGGAAGAUAUUGUGGAGUUGGUCUGGAUACCUUUGCUUGGCGAUUAA